AUGAGAGCAGAAAUCAGAGCAGUCACUACAAGCAAGACCAAGUAUGCGGCCAUCGACCCAGACUACCGCUCCGAGUUCUGGAAUGACAAAACCGAAGCCAGCGAGGUCUUCUUCAACCCAUCCAUAACCACCGGUCAAGGUACACGCCAGCUCAUCGCUAUCGCCGAGAAAGGUCUCGCAGAGUUCUCACAGACUCUCGGAAUCGCGUCUCGCAACGUCACCUCGCUCCACAAGGGCGUCCUGCAAGCCAAGAUCAAUGCCUACAAUCACAAUGCCGAGGCAGCACGCGAGGGUAUUACCGACAACCUAGUCGACGUGGACAAAGCUGGAAGAGCCUUCGUGGGUCAAAUCGAGUGCGAGCGCAAGUGUGGCGCGCUGGCAGCUCAUCUUGUCCAGAAGUUCGAGCAGUUGCAGAAGAUCGCGAUGACUGUUCUAGCGGAGCAGACGGCUCAUGGAGAUAUGGUGAUGAAGAAGGUGGACUCGCUCAAGAAGGUGACUAUCGGUAUCAAGUGCGUCGACAACGUCUGGCCAGAGAUCAUUCUUGGUAUCCAACAGUUGAAGCACAUGACGGACGCUGCGGACGCGCACAGAAACACUCUCAUGCCUUCUCUUGGUGGUACGGGAAUGAAGCUGAUCGAGAUGGAGGUCGAGAAGUCCGUCGGAGGAGGGGAUGAAGACGAUGAUGCCACUGUCGCUGGUGAUGAGGACGAUGAUGCCGAGAAGCCGCGUGUGUUCUACAUCGUCGACGCCGAGGAAGCGCCUGAAGCUGAAGCAGAGGCUUGA